AGGGAGGGACACUUUCUUCCCGUCAUUUGCACAGAGGAAGGGGAGGUCCAGCAAUGGAGUGGCAGAAGUAGAGGAACAACCAUCAGCCACAUCUUCAAUACGUCUCAGCUGAGCCCGGGUCAGUGUUGAACGUAAAGUCUCCUUGUAGCAAGCCGCAUCUUUUCCAUAGAAAUCCUCCACUGAGAAAUAUUGCUGGCUUCUGGCAUGACCGACAUGGUGUGGGGCUGGGUCACGGACUUCUUCACCUACGAGACCACCAAAUCCGUGGUGGUCAAGAGCUGGUCAGUGGGCAUCAUCAACAGGAUCGUGCAAGUCUUCAUCAUCAGCUAUUUCGUCGGCUGGGUGUUCAUCCACGAGAAAGCCUACCAAGUGUUUGACACCGGCAUAGAGUCAUCCGUCAUGACUAAAGUGAAAGGUUUCGGCUACCAUCAAAACCAGCUCAUGGAUGUGGCCGAUUACGUCUUCCCCCAACAGGGUGCAGCCGUGUUCUGCAUCAUGACAAAACUCAUCAUCACUGAGGAUCAAUUCCAAGGAAAAUGUGGAGAGAAUGGGAAGAAGUAUAGCUGUGAGACAGAUGACGACUGUGAGCAGCAUAUUGGUUCCAUCCUUACAAACGGGAGGAUUACUGGUCUUUGUCUUCACGACGGGAACGAGUCCAAAGGUCAGUGUGAGGUGGAAGGAUGGUGUCCAGUCGAGAACGACACCAUCGUGAUUGAACCCAUGUUCGACGCGGAAAACUUUACUAUCUUCAUUAAGAACAGCAUCCGCUUCCCUCUCUUCAACAUCACCAGAGGAAACUUUCCAUCCAACAUGACGUCUGAGGAGAUAAAGAAGUGUAAAUACAACCCCGAAACCAACCCCUUCUGCCCCAUCUUUCGUGUGGGCGACAUCCUGAAAUACACUGGACAGAAUGUGGCCGGCCUGGCUACACAGGGUGGUGAAAUCGGAAUAAACAUUGAGUGGAAGUGUAAUCUAGACCUAGACAUUGAGUAUUGUGUUCCCAAGUACUCCUUCACUCGACUGGAUGCUCCUUUCGCCAAGAACGCCGUCUCCAAGGGGUUCAACUUCAGGUUUGCCAAAUAUUUUAAGAUGCAGAACGGUACUGAAUAUCGGACGCUCCACAAAGCUUUCGCCAUCCGCUUUGAUGUCAUGGUCACCGGCAAAGCAGGAAAGUUUGACACGAUCCCAACAUUAAUCAACCUGGUCGCUGCCUUCACUUCUAUUGGACUUGGUACAGUCCUUUGUGACCUCAUUCUCCUGAACUUCCUGAAAGGAGCAGAGCAAUACAAAGCCAAGAAAUUUGAAGAGGUGUCAGAGGCUCAGAUAGAGGCUCAGAUAGAAGCGUCCCUCGCUCCGAGCCCGAGCAGCCAGAUGUCCAUCAAAGAAGUUAUGAAGCGCUCGUGCGACUCUGGAGCCCAUUCUCUAGCCACUGCUGACCAACCUGUGUGACACGGAGAUGAUCGAACGGAACCUCUUGCUGUUCCCACCAAUCAUUAAGCUUUUCGUGACUGUGGAUUCUGCAGUUUUUGUUCAAUAAGCUUAAGGAAUUGUCUAAAGACGGCCUGCGCUGCAGAACAACUUCAUGGAGUAUUUAUGAUAAGCAAAUCUAGAAAUAAACAUUCAAGAGCGAUGGCCACAGGAUUAUGCCCUUUGGUUCGAGCCUCGUUAGCCUUGUGUAUCACCAUGAAACUCAGAGUGGAAACAUUAAUUCCUAUUUAAAUCUUUUUUUUUAAUCGUUGACUCACAAGAUAAACGAAGAAGAACAAAAUCGUACACAUUAAUUUUCACCCACCCAUUUUUUAACCCACCACCUGAAACACACCGCAAUUCUAAAACAAAACCUCUGCUCACUGCAAGCCUCAAAAUCGGUAUUGUGAAAACGACCUGGAAACUGGAGAAAGCUAAGCUACACACUAUUCCACAUUAUAGAGGAAAUCAAUUUUUUUAAAAACCUUUGCAACAAUAUGUUUAAUGUGGCCCCAUUAGUCUAAACGCGACAUUCUGAUACAUAUUGUGUUGGUGGAAUAAAAUUUAAGCAGCUUAAUCCACAUUUUCACCCAUGUCAGGUGGUUGCUAUUUUGACAUCAUACGGCACAGUUAACAUUCAAAGAGUCACAACGAGCAAAUACGCAUUGCAGUGACAGUAAAUUUAUUUUCCAGUGGUUCCCAUAUUUCACCAUAACUAAUCUCAUUAUUCUCUAGUUUAAAGGGACAAUUCUCAACCUUUGCCGAUUCAGUUGGGCGUUGUUGGAGCUAUGUCUAUUAUUGAAAGUCAUGGAGUAUGCAUUAUUGAAUCAUUACAACUAUAAUUUCAUUGCAAAUGGCUCUGUUUUGUCACUACAGUUAACGAUGGACCCUCGCAGCCUCCACAAUAUUGCAGCUGUAUUUGCUUUGCUUACAUGAGCCAUAGUGAGAAGAAAUGUAUCACACAUACCGGUACUUGUAGUAUUUCGCCUCCCUGGUACAAAAUAAAUAGUAAGUGUAUUUGU